UGCAUAGCAGAGCCUCACACCACGCGGCACUCUUCCUCAGCUCGGAGCAUCUGUGGUGCCUCAGACGCCUGCUUUCACUCCACUCCUGGAGACGCUGCAGCAUGCAUCUGGGAGCAGCAUCCGUAGCUGCCAGCAUCCUUUUUAAGGAAAAUAAGCUACAUUCAAAAGUUCCAGUGGGUAAAUGAAGAGACAUUUGCUUCCCUGGAGGACACCCCCAGGAAUGAGACCUGCCUGAGAGAAACACAGCUUCAUCCUCAACUCAGGCAGACUGUGGCAGCAUUCCCUCAGCAGACCUCCGGCUCGGCAGCCUAAAAAUGCCACUUUUUAGCUGGGUAAAAUGGCCAAAAAAUUAUUCCUACAAACAAACACGCUACACUGGCUCCGAGGUAGUGACAAAGACUCUGCUUCGGGAGUUAAAAUGGCAUCUGAAGGAGCGAGAGAGAUUAAUACACGAGAUUGAAAACGAACAGAAGGUGAAAAGGACAGGCGUGGACUACAACUGGCUGAGAAGCUACCAGCCUCCUCACACAAGCAUCCCAGCUACCGAACAGAGACAACUGGAAGUCCUUUGCUCACAAGUACAACCUUGUCAAACGGGAACUGUUCUCAGCAGAUUUCGAGAACUUUUGGCAGAAAAUGAUGUACUUCCCUGGGAAAUUGUCUACAUCUUCAAGCAAGUUCUGAAAGACUUCCUCAGCUGUCCUGACAGAGGGGGUCAUCAUGUCGGCCUGUGGGACUCUGACAUCAACUGUCCCCCAGCCCCUGCACUCCCAGGUGAAAGCUCUGAGAGGCCAGACAAAGACGAGAUACCCACGAUCUCACGUUAUGUAGACAGAAAUGCCAGGAACAGGCUUCCACCAUGGUCAUACCGAGGAUGGAACCUGCCAUACUAUUACCCACCGAGCUAAGGAGUUAACAAGACCACCUCAGAACCACCCUUAGCACUGCUGAGGACAAACAGUGAUAUGACCCCAAGCUUCUUGGCUACAACAUUAGGGUUUAGUUAAAAUUCCUGUACUGUCAACUUCUCUAAGUAGUACUGUUUUCUAACCAUUCUAACUCAAUAUUCAAUAUUUUAAUGAAAAGUAUGCUUUUAACUAAAAUACUGUCUAAAUGUUUGAAGUUUCUUAUAUGUCAAACGUCACAGAACUAAAGAAAUUUAAUAUGGAUCCUUUGUGAAAGUUAAUUAAUCUUGGCUUUUAUUCUAAGAGAGCCCAUGUGUAAAAUAAAUGAUUAAUGUAAGCUUC